AUGAGACCGAGCGCGUUUUGGUCGCGUGGCGGUAGUAAGUGGUGCAAUGGCAUCGAGGUGUCGCUUCAAGACUCGCGAUUAUAUCGUGCAUUCACCCUUCCCAACUGCCUGGAGGUUCUGCUUGUGAGCGACGCGGCAUCGGAGAAAGCAGCGGCUGCGAUGGCGGUCCAAGUCGGCCAUCAAAGCGAUCCAGCGGAUAUCCCCGGACUCGCGCACUUCCUGGAGCACAUGCUGUUCCUUGGCACGGAAAAGUUCCCGGAUGAGACGUCGUACAAGAAGUACUUGAGUGCCCAUGGCGGCCGCAGCAACGCGUCGACGUCGGCUGUCGACACCAACUACUACUUUGACGUUGGACCGGCGCAUUUGCAUGGAGCGUUAGAUCGCUUUGCGCAGUUUUUCGUCGCGCCGCUGUUCACGCCAAGUGCCACCGAGCGGGAAAUGAAGGCCGUGGACGCCGAGAAUGCCAAGAACUACCAGAACGACGCACGGCGACUGUACCAACUCAGCAAAUCGCUGGCCAACCCAUUGCAUCCAUUUCAUAAAUUCGGAACGGGCAACUUGCACACGUUGGGCCAUCGUCCCCAAACGCUGGGCCUCGACAUUCGAAAUGAGCUGCUGGCGUUCUACGACCGGCACUACUCUGCGAACGCAAUGAAACUCGUCGUGUAUGGCAAGGAAGACUUAAACAUCCUUGAAGACUGGGUCACGACGUUGUUUUCCCCAGUUGUAAACAAAAGCGUUCAGCCGUUGGUGCAAGACGGCCACCAUCCCUACGAACCCCCCCAGCAAAACCGAGAAAUCCACGUCGUGCCUGUGAAGGACUUGAGGAUGUUGGACCUGUCGUUCCCCCUGCCAACCGUGCAAGACCAGUACUUGAGUAAACCCCACCGAAUUCUAUCGUAUGUGCUGGGAUAUGAAGGGCGCGGGUCACUGCUCGCGUACUUUAAGGCCAUGGGCUAUGCCAACAGCCUCUCUGCGGGAAUUUCUAAGGAUUUUGCCGACUGGUCGCUCUUCUCCGUCAAGAUCAAUCUCACGCACGAGGGCGUGGCCAACUACCGAGCGAUGGCCCAAGCCGUGUUUCACUACAUCGACCUCGUGAUGGCAGCACCGCCAGAUGCGCUUGCCACGUACUUUCAUGAAGCGCAGGCCCUCGCGACCCUUGGCUUUCGAUUCCGCAACCAAGAGCAGCCCAUCCACUACGUCUCUUGGCUGACAUCCAACAUGCAAAAGUACCCCGUCCACCAUGUGGUGGCAGGUCCGUCGCUCCUUCACGAACACGACGACGCGGAGGUUCGGCAGCUGCUGGCGCUGCUCCACCCGUCCCGCGUCCGCCUCACGCUCGUAAGCAAGUCAUUGACGCCGGACGCCACCGAGCCCUGGCUCCACGCCGCGUACUCGGACUCGCCGCUGUACUCCUCCGCCUCCCCCUCCUCCAUGGAGUCGCCGGCCAUCGACAUGGCGGAGCUGCAUCUCCCGCCGCUGAUCAACCCGUUCAUCCCCACGUCGUUCGACUUGCUGCCGUCGUCCAAUCCGUCGACUCACGACAUGCACGUGCUCCGAGACGACCAUCGCGGUCGCGUGUGGUUCAAACCCGGCAACAGCUUUGGCAAGCCCAAAGCCAGCGUCCGGCUUAAGAUCUACCACUCUGUCGCAUACGCGUCCCCGCUGCACGCAGUCCUCACGGAGCUGUUUGUAUCGUGUGUACGCGACAAAGUGUCCCAGGACCUGUACGACGCCGACGUGGCGGGGACGAGCGUGGGUCUGUCGUCGGCGCCCACGGGGGUGACGCUGCAUGUGGACGGGUACAGCGACACGCUGCCGCUCGUGGUGGCCAAAGUGGCGGCGAUCGUCGCGAGUCCCGUCGACAUGGAGGCAUCGUUCGCCCGGCUCAAGGACAAACUCGUGCGCGGGUACGCCAACGCGGCGCUGGACGAGCCCCAUGUCCAUGCCGCCGCCCUCCGGACGUGGGUGUUGACGACGCCGGUGUGGACCACGCCUGAAAAACUCGACGCGGCGACCGACGACGUGACGUGGCAGCACCUGGUGCAACAUGCGACGGUGCUGUUCCAGGAUGGGUUCAAAGAAGCGUUCGUGUAUGGCAACGUGGACAAGGACGUAGCCCUGGAGAUGGUUGCAAGCGUGGACCGGGCGGUCGUGGGGCGGCCAGACGACAACAUCAUCAGCGGGACUCGAAACGAUGGGGCGAUCGACGACGACGAAGGGGCCCCCUUGAUGCCCAGUCCCCGUCGCAACGUCAGACUCGAUGGCAACUACGUCGUGCGCGAACGCAACCCGAACCCGUCCAACCCGAACGCCGCGGUGCUCGUGCUGUUUCAACUGGGGCAGGACUCGACCUCUCUUCGCGCCACCAGUGUGCUGCUGGCCCACCUGGUCAAAGUGCCGUGCUUUUCCACGUUGCGAACCACGGAGCAGCUGGGGUACUUGGUCUCUAGCGGUCAGUACAUUGCCAACAACGUCAUCUACCUGUCCAUGAGUGUCCAGUCCAACAAGUAUUCUCCGCUGCACUUGCAAUCGCGGCUGGAUGCGUUUUGCGAGUCGUUUCGGGUGCAUCUCCAAACGCUGUCAGGUGAUUUGUUUCAGCAACACCAAGCCGCCGUGGUGGCGCAGCUGAUGGAAGCGCCCAAGACGUACGAAGAAGAAAGCGCACGGCUGUGGCAUGAAAUCGCCGGAGAAACGUACGAGUUCGACCGCCGCGAGCAGGUUGCCGCCGUGGUGCCGACAGUGACGCUGGCGGACGUGGUCGACGUGGUUGACACGAAACUCGCGGGUGUGGCGACUCGCCAUCGCUUGUGCGUGCAGAUCUUUGCGCCAACCCACGACAUGCACAUGGACGGGGAGGAGGAAGGUGCGACAGUGAUCGUAGACCGAGCCGAGUUCAAGCGACACUUGGGUUUGUUUCCGGCACGAACGAGAGUCAGUGCCGGAGCGAUACCUCUAGCCAAGCUGUAGAUAUUACCUGGCUCAACUACUUCAUCGUCAUGAGUCGUCCUUUGUCUCCUUGAGAUGAAAACAAU